GUCAUUCUGUGCGCACCGUCGCUAUUGUUCGCCUGUAAACAAAUCAUGCAUUGCAGACGAUAUAAACAAAUAAGCCGAAACGUGUGAUAAAAACAAGCGAAACGCUUUUACCGCAUCAAACGAAUGCGCUGCGCUGUGUCUGGAUGUCUGGAACGAAGCAAACAUGGAGCCUGGUACAUUUGUUCAGGAUUUUUUCUGCCGGCUGUGUGCAGCGGAAGGCAUUGUAAUACACCCGCUCUUUCCACCGGGAGACAAUGACCCGAAGGAUGAGCUGGUGCGGAUGAUAGCGGUGCUAACGUCGGUCCAUCUUGCACAAGCGGACGAUGCUGGGGCGGUCAUAUGUGACAAAUGUUUGCAAAUGUUGGACCUUUUCUGCAAGUUCCGUGAAGAGUGUCUGAGGCAGGAUGUACUUAUACGAACGAGAAGAACACUGCUGGCCGAGCAGCUGGAAAGACAGCGACAACAGCAGCUAGUUCAACAGCAACAGGCAUUAUAUGAACAGCUGAUUCCAUCGGUAGUACAGCUGCAAUCGUUAGUGGAAGUAAAAAUUGAGGAAGCACUGCCAGUAACACCAGAAGAGCCGGAGACAGUUAUCGGCACACAACUGAAAGAGGCAGAAGACUUUAAGGAAGAGAGUGAAGAACAGGAGAAAAUCCAACAGAUCGUAGUGGCGUUAGAUCCAGCAUCGCUUGCGGUGGACAGUCCGCUAUUAUUGCAACCGGACGGUGUUUCUCAUGACAGUAUUCUUAAUUCUAGUCUUAGCGAUGGCAUUUGCCCGCCGUCUGGCCCAGCAUUGAUCUCGUCAACCGCCACCAUUCUCACCACUUCGGUUCCUUUGGCUACAUCCGACACAGAUAAAACCUCCCAAAUAUCGGUGCCCCGCAGCAAGGUCAAGAAUAGGACGAAGCACAAAGAACAAGCGCCAGGAAGUGAACAGAGUCAAGGGAGUUUCACACCAUGCAAUGAGUACGAUCAGCAACUGCAACGUCAGCAGCAAGGCUAUGACAAGGCCGGGAACCGUUGCUCGUUGGCUUGUGAUCCUUGCCAGAUGCGAUUCACCAAAUCGUACAAUCUGAAACGCCACAUGUACGAGGUACACGGCGAGGUGUCCCAGGGACUAAAGGUGAUUCCCUGUGCACACUGUGGCGAACGGUUCCUACGCGGUAACAUCCUCGAACGGCACAUCGCCAAGGUGCACCGGAACAAGAACAAGCUAAAAGUCUGUGCCAUUCAAAUGACUUAGAUUGCCAUACGCGAGUGUGCGAUCGUUAGGGAGUUAAGCGAGUAAGUAAGAUAUUUAACAACCAUCAACCUAGUAGCAUCCACCCGAUAUACGACUGGAACUGUGAGAAUCAAACUGUUGGCGCAUCGUCAAACAAGAGUGUAAUAUUAGAACAGUAAGUGAACUAGUUUUAGCGAGUGACCAGAGUCACGUUUCUUACCAGUAUUACACAGCGGAAGGAAGAACCGCAACCUCGAUUGGAGCGUUGCAGCUUUGAGCAUUCCCUUCAAUAAACUGAUCUCCAACGAAAAAUGCUUGAACAAGAGUUAAGGCAAUCUA